AUGCGCCCUCCAACCCUCCUCCUCGCCGCCCUCACCCUCACCCUCUCCCCAACCCCCACCCUCGCAUCCCAAGAAAUCGCCCUCCAGGGCUACGGCCGCUUCCUUGGAACCACAAUCUCCACCAGCCUGACAAACAAGACACUCGCGACGUCCGUAGAUGCCUGGCUAGGCAUAGAUUUUGCGAGCCAGCCGGUGGGCGAGGCGCGAUUUGCUGUCGUGGGGCCGCCGGCGCCUUUUGAGGGUGUGAGAGAGGCCGGGCGGUAUGGGUUGGCGUGUGUGCAGUGGGAGGGGGCGUUGGCGUACGGGCAGGGUGAGGCGUGUUUGAAUAUGAAUGUUUUUCGGACAAAGGGGGUGGCGGAUGGGGAGGAAAAGUUGCCGGUUUUGGUUUGGGUUCAUGGGGGAGGCUUUGUAACCGGCAGCGCGCGAUCCUUCGACGGUCCCUCCUUCGUCGCCAACUCCAAAGAGCCCAUGAUAGUCGUAACCUUCAACUACCGCCUAAACUCACUUGGCUUCCUGCCCAGCCCGGCGAUGGAGCGUCUCGGGCUGCUGAAUCUCGGGCUCCGCGACCAGGAAACCCUCUUCCAGUUUGUCCAAGCCCACAUCUCGGCUUUUGGCGGCGAUCCGGAACGCGUGACGCUGGGCGGCCACUCAGCAGGCGCACAUAGUGUGGGUAUCCAUCUGUUUCACAACUACAACAAGACCGCGGGCCCGGCCCCGUUGUUCUCCCAGGCGAUACUGGAGUCGGGCAGUGUGACGGCGCGCUCGUUUCCUAGUGCUUCGUAUCCGCUGUACCAGGCGCAAUUUGCCCGUUACCUUGAUAUGAUUGGGUGUGGCAGCGAGGCAAACAGCUCUGAUGCCAGCCUCCUAUCGUGUCUGCGCUCCGCGCCCAUUGACGCCAUUUCAAACGCCAGCACGACCGUCUUUUUCGAAUCGAAUUACGCCAUCACAUGGCCCUUUCAACCCACGCUCGGUGGCCCCUUGUUCGAGCAACGAGGCUCUGCGUCCGGGGUCAAUGGGAACUUCUACUCGAUCCCCAUCAUCACGACCAACGUGCGCGACGAGGGGAAAUGGCACGCACCAGGCGACCUGGUCACCAACGAUGACUUCCUUGGCUUCUUGCACAAUCUCCUGCCCAACCUGUCCGCGCAGGAUCUCUCCGAUUUGGCGGUGCUGUAUCCAGAUCCGGCCACGACGCCGAUUUCCGACUCGCCGUAUGCGUAUAGUCCAAAUUCAACGCAGUAUGACAGGAUCAGUGCGGCGCUGUCGGAUUACAUGUAUAUUUGUCCUGGCCAGGAAACUGCGGUUCGCUUGUCUGCGGCGGAGUCGUCGCCUCCGGUGUUUAAACUGAACUUCGCGGUGAAUAAUACUUUUCCGCCUUGGCAGGGGAUUCCGCAUACGGCAGAUGGGCGCUAUAUAUGGGCUGAACAGGGAGGAGUUGGGGGCGUCCAACAUCCUGAUGUGGGGACUUUGCUGCACAGUUAUCUUGCAAACUUUGUGGUGAGUGGGGAUCCGAAUGGGAAAGGGGGCAUGAAUAGCAAUGGGUUGAAUGGGAGCGUGCCAGCAACACCAACACCGUAUUGGCCGCCAUAUGUGGAUGCCUGGGAAGAGGGGAAACCAGGGUUACAGUUGGUGAUGAGGCCGUUUGGGCAGACUGCUGUGGAGAGCGAUGCGGGGAGGCGGGUGCAGUGUGAGUGGUGGCGUGAUGCUGAGAGGGCAGUCAGAUUGGAAAAGUGA